AUGUCGGAACUGAGCGACGAAGCCAGCGAGACGGAGCUCUUGAAUCGCAGCCUAACCAUGUGGCACGGAGAGGGCCAGGCGGCUAGUCGCCAAGAAUUAGACAUACCUUUGGACCUCCACACAGCAGCUUCCAUAGGCCAGUAUGAGGUGGUGAAGGACAGUAUUGAACGAGGGGAGAAGGACUUGAAUCGGCCGAACCGCGGUGGCUGGACUCCACUGAUGUACGCCUCCUAUAUUGGUUACGACACCGUGGUGCGCCUGCUGCUACAAGCUGGAGCAAGCGUGAAUAUGUCAACCCCAGAAGGACAGACCCCGCUGAUGUUGGCAGCCAGCUGUGGGAACGAAUGUGUGGCUGCUUUUUUGCUUCAGCGAGGUGCUGAGUUGGAGACGAAAGACGUCCACGGCUGGACCGCCCUGUUUCACUGCACCAGUGCUGGCCAUCAGCAAAUGGUGAAGUUCUUACUGGACAGUGGAGCCAACGCCAACUGCAGGGAACCCCUCUGUGGAUGCUCCCCUCUGAUGGAAGCAGCGGCAUCUGGCCAUGAGAUCAUUGUCCAGUAUCUUCUCAGCCAUGGUGUGAAAGUGGACAUAAGGGACAGCACGGGGGCCACCGCACGGACUUUGGCCAUGAAAUAUGGACACAUGAAGAUUGUGGGGCUGAUAGACUUACAUACGGCUCCCGUGCCCAAAGUCUUCCGCAGAGGCACAGGAAAUUAUGAAGAUCUGAGCUCCUCAGAUGAGUCUUACUGCGCUCCCCAAAGGCAAAGGCCUGCCCGUAAAUCCAGGGGACCCAGCAUUCACGAAGGGCCUCAUGCUUUGGCCAAGAUCACAGCGGUCAGAACUGGAGGGAAGAGUCGGUUGCAUCAUGAGCAGGUCCCACCAGAAGGCUACGUCACCUUUAAAGAUGAUGGAAGCGGCUUGGAGGGAGGUGACCUUCGGUACCGCGAUGUCAUCUCCCCCAUUAACGACCAAGAUGUGGAAAGCAGUAGCAGUCGAGAAGAGAAUUCCUUCUUCACAAACGACCUGGGCAUUAUCCAGACCAGCAGCAGCAGUGAAGGCCUGGCCAGAACUGUGGGGAUCAGCAGCGAGGGCUCCUUAGAGAGCAAUGAGGACUCUGACCACGCAGCCAAAUCCUCCAGCCGAAAACAUCCCAAGAGUUCUACCAAAGGCAAGAAUCGCUAUGGCAACAGUGACGCUCACUGGCCUUGGAAAGCCAAAGCAUCUGCUCAACACUGUGGCCCAUCUAAUGACGAGACCGCCUCCUGUUCUGGACCACAGGAUCUGGCCACCUUCCUGGACCAGAUUGGCUGCCUGAAGUACUUGCAGGUCUUUGAGGAGCAAGACAUUGACCUCCGCAUCUUCCUAACUUUAACGGAGACUGACCUAAAAGAGAUCGGCAUCACGCUCUUUGGACCAAAGAGGAAGAUGACCUCGGCCAUUGCGCGGUGGCACAGUAGUGCCCGACCCCUGAGCGAUGCUCUUGAGCUGGCCUAUGCCGACCGACUGGAAGCCGAAAUGCAAGAAUUGGCCAUUCAGCUUCACAAGAGGUGUGAGGAACUCAAAGGGCUGAAAGGACAGGUAAGCCAAGAGCAGGAGCUGCGAGCGGUGGUCGAGAGUUGCCUGAUGGAGCAGGACGUGGCCUGGAGCAGUGCCCAGGCUCAACUCCAAGAAGUCCAGGCCUUCACCAGAAAUGCUGGGAUCCUCCUGGAACAGAUGCGGGCCUGCCAGGCAGAGCUGGAUUCCCGGAUCAACUGGGAGCAGGCAGCUGGCCAGAGACCGGAGAUCAGAGCACAGCUAGGAGCCAGCCCCGAAGGAUGGUCACCUACCUUGAAGGCCCUUAGCCUGCCUGAGCUGUCAGCUCUUCUGCAGGAGUGUGUGGGAGAAAUGGGGACAACUCUCUGUUCUGUCAACCAUAAUCUUGAGAGGCUACAACGUCCGGAGAAGGGCAAGGCUGUCCGCAAACAGCCCUAG